CUAAGCAUGUCGGCACACAGCACAUCAUAGGAGUUGACAGCGUGGAAGGACAGAACAGGGAAAAAGAAGCAGGAAAGGAAGAAGACAGAGUGUUGGGAGGAGAUUGGACAGUUUUUACUCCAAGAGCAGAUGGGUGAGACAGAGGAUGAGCGUACUGCGCAGGCCAGCGUGCUCUUUGAGAACUUUUUCCAGGCGUCUACCUGUAAAGGGACUCUGCAGGCCUUCAGCAUCCUCUGCAGGCAACUGGAGCUGGAUCCUCUGGACUACAGCAACUUCUACCGCUCACUGAAGGCUGCAGUCAGCACCUGGAAGGUCAAGGCCCUGUGGACCAAACUGGACAAAAGGGCGCAGCACAAGGUCUACAACCAGAAUAAAGCCUGUCAGGGCACCAGGUGUCUGGUGAUUGGCGGGGGUCCUUGUGGUCUGCGGACAGCCAUCGAACUGGCCCUGUUGGGCUGUAAAGUGGUGGUAAUCGAGAAGAGAGACACCUUCUCUAGGAACAACGUUCUCCACCUCUGGCCCUUCACCAUCCAUGACCUCAGGGGCCUUGGAGCCAAGAAGUUCUAUGGAAAGUUCUGUGCCGGCGCCAUCGACCACAUCAGUAUCCGCCAGCUCCAGCUGAUGCUGCUGAAAGUGAGUCUGAUACUGGGAGUGGAGAUUCAUGUCAAAGUGGAGUUUGUCAAACUUGUGGAGCCGCCAGCGGAGCAGACUGACGACAGUCGUGGUUGGCAAGCAGAGGUCCGGCCCUCCAGCCAUCCUGUCUCGGACUUUGAUUUCGAUGUCGUGAUUGGAGCCGAUGGACGCAAAAACACAUUAGACGGUUUCGGUCGCAAAGAGUUUCGAGGGAAGUUGGCUAUCGCCAUCACAGCUAACUUUGUCAACAGGAACACCACAGCAGAGGCCAAAGUGGAGGAGAUCAGUGGUGUGGCCUUCAUCUUUAACCAGAAGUUCUUUCUAGAACUCAGGGAGGAGACAGGAAUUGACUUGGAGAACAUAGUUUACUACAAAGACAACACACACUACUUUGUCAUGACGGCGAAGAAGCAGAGUCUCCUGGACAAAGGGGUUAUCAUAAAUGACUACAUUGAAACAGAGCGACUGCUGAGCCCUGACAACGUAAACCAGGAAGCAUUGCUUUCCUACGCCCGUGAGGCAGCUGACUUCGGCACAAACUACCAGCUGCCGUCCCUGGACUACGCCAUCAACCACUACGGGCAGCCGGAUGUAGCCAUGUUUGACUUCACCAGCAUGUACGCCUCAGAGAACGCCGCCUUGAUCAGGGAGAAGCACGGACAUCAGCUACUGGUCGCACUGGUGGGAGACAGUCUGCUUGAGCCCUUCUGGCCAAUGGGCACUGGUUGUGCUCGGGGUUUUCUGGCAGCCUUCGACACUGCUUGGAUGGUGAGGGGCUGGACGCAGGGCAGGAGCCCUCUGGAGAUCCUGGCUGAGAGGGAGAGUAUCUACCGGCUGCUGCCUCAAACCACCACAGAAAACAUCAGUAAAAACUUUGAACAGUACGCCAUUGACCCUGCCACCCGCUACCCCAACCUCAACUCCAGCUGUGUACGCCCACACCAGGUGCGUCACCUGUUCAUUGAUGGCCAACAGGACUCGGGUCACCUGGAAAGAGGAGGACCCACAAGCAGAUCAGCGAACUUGUCCAGAAGAGAGUCUGAUGUGCGUCCUGGCCGGCUGCUGACGUGGUGUCAGAAGCAGACUCAGGGCUACAGGGGGGUUGAUGUCACCAACCUCACAUCUUCCUGGAGGAACGGCCUGGCCCUCUGCGCUCUCAUUCACCACCAGAGGCCUGAGCUCAUUGACUAUGACUCUCUGAACGAGGAGGACGUGGCGGGGAACAACCAGUUGGCCUUUGAUGUGGCUGAGCGACAGUUUGGCAUCCAGCCGGUGAUGAGAGGAAAGGAGAUGGAUGCGGAGGCUGAACCAGACAAGCUGCUGAUGGUUCUCUACCUCUCCAAAUUCUACGAGGCCUUCAGGAACGCCCCGGGGAACGAGAACGGUUCAAGAGAACCAGAUGAGAACAGUAAAGAAUAUCUAGCUAAAACCAACCACAGACUGCUGAACCAGGCCCAGCCCAGGAAGAGGAUACCCAGGGAUGACAAGAAACUGGAAGACGAUUCUGUCAACAAGAGACGGCGAAAGGGGAACCACUACCUCACAGAGUUGUCUUGUCACAGUGCACCCCCUGCUGCUGAGGACGGGGAGCUGCGGGAGAACAAGGUCCGCUCAAUGGCAACUCAGCUGCUGGCCAAGUUUGAGGAGAACUCCUCGACCGCAAAGACAGGCAGCAAGUCUGAUGGAGACUCAUGCGAUCCAUCCUUUUCUCCUCCUCUGUCUCCUUCCACCACCCCACUUCCUCUCUCAGAGGAGGAGGCGGAUGAGGAGGAGGCGGAUGAGGAGGAGGCGGAUGAGGAGGAGGCGAGAGAAAACCCCCGUUUUGCAAAGCCCAAGGACAUCCCCCCCCCUCCUCCUCUGCCUCAUCCUCGCCCCAAGUGGCAGUGUGUGAUGCGGAAGGACUUCGGCGGCAGUGACAUCUGCCACUUCUGCACCAAGAGGGUGUACGUAAUGGAGAGACUGAGCACUGAGGGCUACUUCUUCCACCGCGAGUGUUUCCGUUGUGAUGUCUGUAACUGCACCCUCCGUCUGGGAGGGCAUGCCUUCGACUCGCAGGAGGCGAAAUUCUACUGCAAGAUGCAUUAUGCUCAGCGCCAGUCCAGCAAUCAUGUGGGGAGGCUCAGAAGGAGAAUGGAAGACCAGAGCCAUGUCACACCCACGUCGCUGAAUGGUGGAAACUACUCAGCCACGAGCAGCGUCCAGAUCCAACCCCCAGGUGAGGCGUCAAGCUUUCAUUCAGAGCAGCUUGGUAAAGGUCAGAAAACUGUCCCUGAAGACACAGAGAUGGCUGUUGAAGCUCUGGAUGCUUCCUGCAUAGUCAAACCUACAGCGCAAGAUACUACAGGGGCCAAGGGCUCAAGCCACGACAGUACCAAAGAUCACGGUAACACCAAACAGAAUCAUCGAUGGAAACGAAAGAUCAAAGCGACCUUCCCUCUGAUCUUCAUCAAGCGCUUCCAGAGAAGCUGGCCGCAGGACAAAGAGGGACCAGAGACUGUCCCUGAAUCUGAGUCUGACUUUGAAGAGAUCACUUCAGCAGAAAAACAAACUAACUCCGACAGCAGUUCCAAGACAUCAGCAGACACCCAGAAUCCCCAAGAGGGAAGUGAGGAGACUGAAGAGCCCUCAGCUACGAUAAAGACAGUCUGCAACGUGUCCAGCCCAAAGAAACGCUUGAUGUUAUCUCUUUCUGAGAAAGAGAAGCUUCUGAACUGGGACGUGCUGGCCACACCAGAGGAAAUUAACAUCAACACCAAAAACACACAUCAACAUGAAGACCAGGUACAAGCAGAGACGGAAGAAGAUAAGCCUCAGACAGACUCGGGCCAGGAUGGGGAACCAUCCCAAAGCCAAGCCUCUCCCUCUUCCCCGUCAGCCUUACAGCUUAUAGCCAACGCCUUCAGGAGGACAUUUAGUGUGACCAAUCCCUCCAGCAGCUCCAACACUGCAGUCACAAUGAGGAACAAACGUGACAGAUCCCGCAAACAGAGGCCCAUGUCAGAAGGAGAUUUCAACUUUAGCUCCCUCUUCAGCAGCGUGGGUUCAGAGCCAGGCAAUCGUGAAGCUCAGUGGGCGUCUGUAGGGGGCGAUCCGUGGGGUGCCGGGCGGGACCUGCCCUCUCUCUUGCAGCAGGUGUCCCUAAAGGGCCGUAGAGACUCUGGAGGGGUGUUCUCUGACAACAUGGCUUCGUUUCCCCGCCGUAGGGUCAAUUUGUUCUCAUCCCUAAGGCUGAGGAAAAGGCAGGGGUCAGAGAGCGAGGGGCAGGAGCAGGAGGUGCAAAAGGAAAUCAGGACAAUACUCACCAACCUCAGAAACAAAGCCUCUAGUCAACAGAAUGUGGAAGAGCCUUCCUCUAGUGACGAUGAAAAUGAGAACCUGACAUCCAAUCAGAAGCUAUGUACAGAGAGACAGAGGAGGAGGCAGGAGAAGACGGUGGCCCAGCAGGCUAAAAGAGAAGAGCUGAAGAGGCUUCACAGAGCUCAGGCCAUCCAAAGACAACUGGAGGAGGUCGCUGAGAAACAGAGAGACCUAGAGGAGAGAGGAGUGGCUAUAGAAAAGAUCAUAAGAGGAGAAACAGAAUCAUCUCAGACUGAUGACAGUGACGAGGGCCAGCUCUAUCAGUCCUGGUUUAAACUCGUUCUGGAGAACAACAGAUUGGCUCGCUAUGAGUCCGAGCUCAUGAUCUUUGCUCAGGAGCUUGAACUGCAGGACACACAGAGCCGACUGCAGCAAGAUCUGCGGUGCAGAAUGGCAGUAGAAGAUACAAAGAAGAGUGCGUCUGAGCUGCAGGAGGAGCAGGAGGUCCUGUCAGAGAUCAUGAGGACAGUGGAGAAGCGAGACAUGUUGGUCUCUAUACUGGAGGAGCAGAGGCUGAAGGAGAGGGCUGAGGACAAGGACCUGGAGAGCCUCUUGCUCACCAAGGGCUACGAGUUUCACUGGAACCAGGCGGAUGACAGCUGGGCGCAGGAGAAGCUGGAGUGAAAGCUGAAUGUUGAGCACCUCAGUGGUUAAGAGCAGGAUGAUUAGUACAGGGUAGAAAAGAACUGUAAGGCGCUAUUUAAAAACAAAGAGUGACAUUUUAGCAUAAUAUUUUGUGCCCGGCUUAUUCUCAUCAAGAUAUAAAUCUAGAAAAUGUGGCGGAUGGAGAUGUCAUGAAAGUCUAGGUGUUUAUUCACCCUAAAGAAGACAGCCAGGAUUAAUCUAGUCUCAGUUUAUGCUGGAAUGCUGAGUUUAGAGAUUGAGGAAGAGUGGAAAUGGAUGCUGAGAUAAUGACUUCCCUCACAGCCAUGAGGGGUAAUAAUGUCUCUGCCAUUAAGGUUAUUUGACCUCUGUGCUGUCAGUCUGUCAUGGCCCGGGCUAACACUGACCUGAAACUGGAUGUGCAAUAUGCUUAACCACUUAUAAUAAUUGGACUGACUGCCUAAUCAACUGCUUUAUGUGGUUGCUUGCUGUGUGACAGAUUUGUCCCUACUGAAACAGAGUGUAGCCUCACUGGAGAGCACAUGGAACGAUGCAACACCUUCCCUGAAGUUUUAUUGUUCUGCACAGCGUGAUUUGUUUUAAAUGUGUCAUUAAAUGUCAGAGAUGAGCUUUAUGGAAUUCACUGUUAGUCACCUUGUAGCUAUGUGUGUGAGUGUAAGCUCUCUUAUCUAUUUUACUAUAUUUUUUCACUUUGUGCUGGAACACUGUCAAACAAAAUUAAAUUGUAUUUACACCCAGACACCAAUCCGCAUAGGAGAACUGCUGCAUAUUUGUAGUCAGCUGGGAAGAUGUACCUCUGCCAGGUAGCUGAAGACUGAAUCACAGAUCGAAACAUUCAUGCAAGUUGCACAUCUGGCCACACCACUGUCAGUGAUGUCAUAGCCCUUGUCUUCAUUAGCCAUUAAAACCAACCACCUGCUGUGAUGUCACUGAUGGGGUCAUGGCCAGAGUUACAUCCCUCCAAUGUUAUCUGCUCUUUCUAUUUCAGAGAGGAUUUCCCCUCUGACUGCUGUCAGCUGAACUGUGAUUGUGUCAUUUUGGUUUUAACCUAGUGUAUGGGCUGUGAGUGAAAAUGACAGGCUUACCUCCCUCAUGAGAAAAUGAAUAAUGUGUUUACAUGAGUUUUAAUCCCAGGUCAAGGACCCACACACUCAUUUGGUCCCUGAGCUUUAUAUGUUAUGUUCGUGUAUGUUGUAAAUUAACAAACACUAAAUUCAGAAUAAGUUAUGUUUUCAUGAUAAAAACUGUAAAUUGUGUUAUGUUUCUAUAUGUUUUGGUUUUAUGCCACUUCAAGUUUAAAUGGAAAAUAUCUUCAAUAAAAAUGUACUGUAAAAUUGUGA